GAUGAUACAAGGGUAGCAUUACCUCUACUACCCGGUGAUGAAUCGUCUACCUAUAUUAAUGCUAAUUAUAUCCAGGGAUAUAGAAAACCACGACCUUACAUAGCAACUCAAGGUCCACUACCACAUACUAUCAAUGAUUUCUGGAGAAUGAUCUGGCAUGUUAAAGCUAGACGAAUUGUGAUGUUAACAAGUCUGGCAGAAGGUGGAAAGACGAAAUGUAACCAGUAUUGGCCAGAGCAUGAUAAAAAGAUGUUAUUUAGUGUUUUCCAAAUCCAAAACCAACAUGAAAUAAAGAGAGCAGAUUAUAUCAUUAGAAUAUUUUCAAUGACAGAUUCAGAGACCGGCGAAAAACGAGAAAUAUUACAGUACCAUUUUACAUCUUGGCCUGAUCAUGGUGUACCAACAGUACCUACAUUACUAUAUUUCUACAGAUUGGUUAUUAUGGCAGGGGUUAAAGAUGAGGGACAACUAGUUACACAUUGCAGUGCUGGUGUCGGGAGAACAGGAACCUUCCUGGGAUUAGAUGCUAUGAUAGAACAAGCUCGAGUUGAAAAUAAGAUAAACGUGUUUAACUAUGUAUCUGCUAUGAGAGAAGAUCGAGUCAAUAUGGUACAGACCAAGUGUCAGUAUGUGUUCUUACAUCACGUGAUAUUUGAGGCACUGAUC